AUGAACUUGGAUGAACUUGCUGGUCCCCUGGCAAGAUAUGGAGGGUCGCGGCCGAUGCCUUGCGCCCAAGUAUCAAAGAUGCAGUACGCCGAUCCGGGAUUUUGGGAUACUCGGUUCAAAGAUGCCGAAGGCCUUUUCGAUUGGUAUGCUACGUAUGAAGAGCUGAGUGAUGCCUUUGAGCAGUUCUGCCCUGCAAGUGCCGUUGGUGAUCAAGGACUCCUGGUUGUGGGUUGUGGGAAUUCAUCUUUGUCCUCAGACCUUCAUGCUGCUGGCUAUUCCAACAUCACGAAUAUCGAUGUGUCUGCUCCUGCUGUCGAGAAAAUGCAGGGUCAGUUUGAAGCCCUGCCAAUGCAGUGGAUGGUAAUGGAUGCAACGUCCAUGAGCUUUCCGUCCAACUCCUUCGGCGUCAGUGUCGACAAAGGUACGCUGGACACGAUGAUGAGCUCUUACGCAGAGGAUCUUGCUGGAGCCAUGUGCAGGGAGGUGUGGCGGGUGUUGCAGCCCGGGGGCAUCUUCAUCCUGGUGUCCCACAGCGGCAAGCGACUGCCCAUCCUCCGAUCUGCGGGGACGUGGCGUCUGUUGGAGCAGAGGCGCUGCCGCCUCUCCCCGCAGGCCACGCUGAUCAACGUGCUGCGGUCCAAGCUUCCCCCAGAGGGGAAGCUGGUGGAUGCGUUUCGGGACCCGCAGCUUCUACAGCAAGCGAGCUCGGAAGCAAAAGCGGCCCUGAAGCGUAUGGCCUUCAUCGAUGCCUUCCGCCUCUUCAAAGCCAGGAAGAGAGCUCAGGCAGGGCUCGAAGAGGGGCAUGAAGCUGACGAGGAUCCACAGGAGCUUCCGGGCGAGGAGGACUUGGCGACCGGGGCUGCCGGAGAGUCGCGCGACCCUCGCCUACAGCCCUUCUGCUGGAUUUACGUGCUGCGCAAGGUCUCGAGUGUUAUUGCGGCCUCUUGGGUCAGUCAGUUCUACAGGAGGCCUUGCUCCUGUGUCUGCAGUCCUGGCUCGGAGUAUUUGUCUGGCUUGUUUCCGUUUUGCCGGUGCUACGAUGCACGUUUCAUGCCCAGCGUGAAGAGGCGCAGGUCUUCGUCGCAGGAGCUCCUUGGCUUGCCCAUCGAAGAAGCCCUCCAGGCAGCGGCGUUGGGGCUCUUUGAUCCUCUGGAGACCACCCGUGCUAUGUGCUGUGCGACACUGGCCGAGCUCCUCAGGAAUGCGGGGCCGGAUGCAGAGCUUGGAACAGUCGGACAGGAGGUGCUGCGGCACGUCCUGGCACAAGUCGCCUCCAAUUCCGGGGUGGUGCGCCUUGCUGCGAUGGAGGUGCUGCAGCACUUCCCUCGCUGGGACACGGAGGUGUUGAACAAGGCCGUGAAGCUGCCGAUAUUUCGGAAGGUUCCAACUGAGGAGGAGAAUCCCUCUGCAUCGGGCGGGAAGAGCUCCCAAAAGGAUGAGAUCUGGCACGGAGCGCUCUUCUUUGCCCUUGAUGACGAAGAGCCGAUGAUCCGCGCACGUGCGCUCCACAUAAUUCGAGUUGAGAUGUGUCAACGACGGGCCUCGGAAGAGGUGCCAGAAUUCAAAGGGUUCUUUCAGCGCCUCGCGGCGGUAGCUGCACUGUGCCUGCAAGACACUAGCGAGAUGGUACGUCAAGAGGCCACAGCUCUUCUGAUGGAGAUCAUGUCAGUGAGAUCAGUCGGCCUGGCAAGGCAAUUAGUCGACAAGGCCAGCGCUCCGCUUUUGACGCAUGUUCUGCAAGCUUUUCCACGAGAUCCAGUAGCAGUAUUGGGUGUCUUGGAGAAGGCCCGCUUCGCUGACCUCCAAGCGCUCUACGACGCGGUCCUCUGGAUUCUCAACGUCGAGCUGCCGCAGGGCCUGGACUCGCUGGACUUGGAGCCCGUCGCCUUUCGCUUGGCUGAGGAGCUGGAGCGGCUGGAGGCCAUGCCGGAGGUGUACAAAAAGGCCAAGAAGACCCUGAUGAUGGAUUCCGCUGCCCAGCCGGGUGUCAGGCUCCUCACGUCAACCGUGCUCUAUGGCUCCGAUCCAAUAGCUCCUGCAGGCAUCGCGGUGGGCCUCUCCCAGGGGAGGGGAUCCACUCAGAUGGAAAGGUUGCGGGUGCUGGUGGAUCAGGUUUCGCUGAGGAGCCCGGGAGCUGCCGAGCACCUGCGAGGUGACGAUGCGCUUUCUCCCAGGAUCUCGGAGUCGCCGAGUGAGUCCACGUUGACUUACUGGAUCCAGUCGCUGGAAUGGCACUGGGACGUUGUUGCCACCGGGCUGACAGAGGCACCGUGCUCCGACCGACUGCGUGUGGCUGCUUCGCGGAUGAGUCAGCUCAAGCAGCACUUGUCGCAUGCCGCUGCUGAGGCUGGCUCUGACGAGGACGCCUCCGGUCCUGUGGUGUCUGAUGAGGCAUCCAGAUUCGCAGCAGCCGCAGCUUGGGCAGAAGCUUUGAAGAGCCUGGCAGAGGCGGCACAGCGCAGCCACGAGAUGGAAGGAGUGCCGCCUCGUGCCAGCAUGAAGCUUCACCAGGCCGUUUCCUGGCUGAUGCACGGCUUCCUUUGGCCCGUGCUCCCAUUUCCCAGGAUUCUGUUGGCGCUUCGUCUGCUGUCCCUGCGGCUGCUUGCUGAUGCGAAGCCAACGGGCUUCUUUGUUCUCGAUCUGGAGAAGGGGGUGCAGGAGCUGGGAGGGCAGAUGCCAAGCAAGGCUUUGGAAACUGCAACUUCUUCUCGGCUCCUCCAGCGACCCAUAGGAGACUUCAUGCCAGCCCUCGGCAAGGGCUUCCUCCAAACCCUGCUGAAUGCGCCCGUGAAGCUGAGAACUGCGCGUCUCCGCUGGACGGAAUUGGGGAGGCCGAAGAUGCGAUCGGAUGGGCUUCGGCCGCUGCCGAUCUCGGUGGACGUGGCUCACAGCUUCCCGCGGGGCCUCCUCUUGGCGGACACUUCGAAGGCGGUGCUGGAGAAGGUGCCCGCGUCCGGGAGCAGCAGUCUGAGGACACAGCGAGUGGAAUGCAUCGCGCCCGGGCCGUGGUUUAGCAUCGGGCUGUUGCUCGACGUGGACGAUGCCAGCCUAGGUGCGCUCGGUCUCCCGAGCCUGGCGGGUGGCUCCACUGGCGUGAGUUCGCAGAGUGGUCUUCACAGGUAUGUCAAUCGAAUCGCAGUGACCGAGCCCAUGGAGGUCAACCUCCUGGAGUCCAGCUUCGGUGGUGUCUAA